UGGGAAUCCGGGCCGGGCCAAGGAGGCCAGUCUGACAGGCCUGUUUGACUUCUCGCAUUCGCCCAGUCCUAGUGAGUGUGAUGGAGCAUCCUCCCUCCUUCAGGUUUCCAGUGCCCCCCACCCCCGCAGGCCUGAUGGGCAGACUCUGGCCCCGUCUCGCCCCCACUUCCACCCCUUGCGGCAGGACGCCAUCCAUCGGGGGGCUAAGAAGACAGGAAAGAGGAAACGUUUUGAGGGCAGGUUCCCACACCCUCCUACCCUCCUGGGCUACUACCCCAGGGCUCCCCAUUUGUCUUCCUACUGCUCUUGGUCCCACUUGUCACCUACAGUCUCACUCCGUUUUUGUUUUCUUUUGCUUCUUAAGAUAAACAGUUAUUUUGCCUUUUUAAUACAAAGGAAAUAUGUCUAUUUAACGUAACGUAAAAUAUUUGCUAAAUACAAUGAAAAUAAAAAUCCCCCCAAAUCUCCCCCCCAGGUAAACAAUACUAGCUUUCUGUUAAUUUCCAGACUAUCAUUUUGGGUAAAUCACAAGUAUUAAGAUGUUUUCUAUCUAAAGGCUAUUGGGGGGGAGGGGGGCCUCAAAAAGCAUGGAUCCUGUGCUUAGACCCAGGCUAGGACCAUCACCAGAUGUCGUUUCUCUUGUCUGGGUGAUGCUGGAGGGCCCCUGCCCAGUUACUUUCCCAGCUUUGGCUCUCAGGUUAGGGUCUGGGGGCAGAUCUGAAGCAGAGCCUGUGCUUUGAGCUCAGGAUCCCUACUUCCUCCCCAACGAUGUCCAAGAGGCUGUGGCCCUGGCUUCUCCUGGCACCCCUCCUGUGAGGUUCCCUGUCCCUCAUGUAAAUAGAUGCCAGCUGGAGCCACCCCAUCUGUCCUGCCCAGAGCAACGAUGUCCAGGAUGCUCACAGCUGGGGCUGAGCACCCCUCCUAGCCCACCAUGUGGAAAUUCCAAAGACCAGAGAGUAAAGAAAUGUGACAGAUGGGGCAGGAGGUGGGGUCUUAAACCCAUGUUUCUAGGAGAAGGGUGGGAUAUUGCCUCAGGGGAGGUGGGGAGGAAGAGGCAGGGCAGUUCCCCCCCUGCUGCCUCAGGGUGCAGUAACUGGGAGGCCACUUGAGCUGAGGGUUAGUGCAGUGGUUCCCUGGCUGGAGUUUUGCCUCCUAGUCUAGGGCUAGAGUAUUGUCAGAAGACAGAUGGAGGAGAUACUAGCACCAAGGGGCCCUGGCUCUGUCUGGACAGGGAAGGAAUUUGUAAUAGAACAAUCUGAGUUGCAUAAGACAAGAGCCCAGCUCCAAGGACUUUAGAAUAAAGUAGGAAUGAUUUAGCUCACAUAACCGAAAAGUCCAGGAUGCACCUAGAGCCAGGGGCAUAGUGUGGUUAGGAGUACACCUCUUCCUCUCUUGGCUCUGUGUCCUUCUGUGUCCAUUUCAGUCUCAGCCAGGCUCUUCCCAAGCAGUGGCAAAGGAGACCUACUUUUCCUUCCAGCUCAACCCGAAGGGAAGGAAAACCAAUGCCUUUUUCCUAUUGGUCCAGCCAAAGUAGCAGGUUGAUUCUGAUUGGUUCAACUUGAAUCCUAUGCCCAACCUCUGAACUGUUCAUGUUAGAAAGGCAAAUGGCAUAGGCAGAUUAGUCAGGCCUGUUUCACAUGCCCACACCUGGAGGUAGGGAUUAGGGUUAGCCCUCCCAACAGGCACAUGGAUUGAGAAGAGGGAAGAGGGAAGGCCCUAAAGGUCGGUCAGGAUUGGGAAAAGGAAUCUGGGCAGGUGCAAACUACAGGUGUCCUUUGAAGUGAAGCCAGGACAUACAGUAGGAAUGCAGGUGAGGAAGCCAGGACAUACAGUAGGAAUGCAGGUGAGAAUACCUAAGGGGAGGCUGUAGUCCCGCGGGGAUUCUGGGGGCUCAAGUUUAAGCUGAGAACAUACCAGGACAUGGGUCCUGUUGGCUGUGGGACAUGGGCACCAUCCAUCCAGGAUGAAGAUGUCUCCUGUCAGCUUUGGUACGAGAGACACUGUAGCCUGAGGAGAGGGCAGAACUUCUCUGCCUCCACUGCAGGACAGUACUUCUCUCUGCCACUGUGACCCUGGGCUCCUUCUCUGAGAAGGCGGUGGGAGAACAGUCCUCACUGCACGUCUGAGCUAAGCUGGGCUGAGCACUGCCAGAAGCACAAGGGGCUGCCUGUGGGAUGAUGAACUUCCCCUCACAAGUGUGCCAGCUGGGUGGGGACAGCUGAGUGUCAGCUGAGGAGCGGACAGCUGGGCCACGUGGGACUGGACAGUUGUCUCCAGGGCUGGGUUGGGAGUGAUCUGGAUGCCUAUAUGCAUCUCCAGGAGGCAAGAUGGCGGCUGGGCCAAAUGGGAUUGAGGAGUGGGUGGGCAGCGCAUACCUGUUUGUGGAGUCCUCGCUGGACAAGGUGAUCCUGUCGGAUGCCUACGCUCACCCCCAGCAGAAGGUGGCGGUGUACAGGGCUCUGCGGACUGCAUUGACAGAGAGCGGCGGGAGCCCGGACGUGCUGCAGAUGCUCAAGAUCCACCGCAGUGAUCCGCAGCUGAUUGUGCAGCUGCGUUUCUGCGGGCGCCAGCCCUGCGGCCGCUUCCUCCGAGCCUACCGCGAGGGGGCGCUGCGCGCCGCGCUGCAGGGGUGCUUGGCGGCGGCGCUCGCCUUGCACUCCUUGUCGUUGCAACUGGAGCUGCGCGCUGGCGCGGAGCAGCUGGACACCUUGCUGACGGAUGAGGAGCGCUGUUUGAACUGCAUCUUCGCCCAGAAGCCCGACCGGCUCCGGGACGAGGAACUCGUGGAGUUGGAGGAUGCGCUCCGGAAUCUGACGUGCGGCUCGGGGGUCCAGGGUGGUGACGUGGAGGUCGCUCCGGCCCCCUCUCCGUCGGAGGAGAAGCCGCCACCGCCGCCGCCGCCAUCUGGCCAGACUUUUCUGUUCCAGGGUCAGCCCGUAGUGAACCGGCCGCUGAGCCUGCAGGACCAACAGACGUUCGCGCGCUCAGUGGGCCUCAAAUGGCGCAAGGUGGGGCGCUCCCUGCAGCGCAGCUGCCGCGCGCUGCGGGACCCGGCACUCGACUCACUGGCUUAUGAGUACGAGCGCGAGGGGCUGUACGAGCAGGCCUUCCAGCUGCUGCGGCGCUUCGUGCAGGCCGAGGGUCGUCGCGCCACGCUGCAGCGCCUGGUGGAGGCGCUCGAGGAGAACGAGCUCACUAGCCUGGCAGAGGACUUGCUGGGCCUGGCGAAUCCCGAUGGCGGCCUGGCCUAGGGUACCAGAGAAAGGGGUGAUUGGCCAGUUGCCCAGCCAGGGUUUGGAGCAUCUGGAUGACCCCAGGGUCCCUUCUGCUGCUACUGCUGACUUCCUGUCCAUCCACGGGACUGAGACCACACUUAAAACCCAACUUAGCUGAGCUCCUGGAGCUGCUGGGCAGAGUUGACUGCCUUCUCCAGGAGUCCGACAAGCACUCACCAUGCCUGCUGGGGUGCCAUUGAGGAUUCAGUCCCAGAUAGUAUGAUAGAGACAGUGCGGGGUGACCUGCUGCAGCGGUCUGCCUUACCCUCCCCCACCCCAGAAGAGGGCUUCCGGCCAGCCCUUACCUCUUCACUCAUUGAACAGUUACUCAUUAGGCACCUGCUGUGUCCUAGGCAUCAUCCUGGGUGCUGCAAAUACUGUGGUGAACAAGAUAACGAACCGGCCUGCUCCCAGUUCACACUCAGUGUGGGAUUCUGAAUACUAAGCAGCAGUAAUAAAGUAUUACCCGUUUUUUGAUGUGAAAAAUACAAGGAGUUGUGAGCAGGGGCCUAACCCAGGUUAGGGGGUUGGCUUCCUGGGAGAGAGAUGAGUGUGAAUAGGGGAGAGGGUG